CCCCACUUCCUUCUGAAGCAUUUCCCAGUUGCCUCACUCAUUGCAAACCUCUCUUCCUCUCCUCUCUUCCUCUCUCUCUAAAAAUCAAGAGUUGCUCACUCCCUCUGAUUCUGUCUAAUGGCAAAAGCUGAAGCUAAGUCUGAAGCCAAACCAGAAAAACCGAAAGAAAUUGAAGAAGUUUCGGUACCCACUCUCAAAUACAAAAUUUGGGUUUUGAAAGUCCCUAUACACUGUGGGGGCUGCAAGAAAAAAGUCGCAAAAAUCUUGAAAAAAAUAGAUGGGGUUUACAAAACAGAGUUCGAUGGGAGCUUCGGGAAGGAAAACAAAGUGACAGUGACUGGGAACGUGGAGCCGGAGAUUUUGAUCAGGAAGCUGGCCAAGGGAGGGAAACAUGCAGAGCUGUGGCUUGAUCAGAAGGCUAACAACAGCAAUAAUUCAAACGACAAGAAGAAAAAAAAGGGGAAGAAUAAGGAGAGACAGCAAGGGGAAAACGCCAAAGGGUCGCAGGACGGUAACCAUGGCGGACCUGGCUGCGGCGGCAGUGGUGAUAAAGAAAGGGAGGCGGUUAAGGCUGAAGUUGUUCAAGUCCAGGAUAAUGGUGGUAAGAAGAAAAAUGAGGGUGCUGGUGGCGCGGGUGGGAGUAAGAGCGAUGAGGGGGCGAAUGCUGUGAAAGUGAUUGAGGGCGGUGGUGCACCGGCAAAAAAGGGCGCGGGUGGCGGUGGAAAAGGCAAAGAGGUGAAGGUUGAAGUGGUGAGGCAGGGGAAGGCUGUGAACGUGUCAGGACAGCCGGAUGCGGCGGAGAAGUGUUUUGGUGGGGACGACGAUGACGAUGACAGUGACUGUGCGGUUGAGAAAAGUGGAGGCAGCGGUGGAGGCCGCGACGGUGCUGGCGGCAGUGGAACCAAGAAGAAAAAGAAGGGGCAAAAGGGGAAUGCAAAUGCUGGGGAUUCGGAUGAGAAUGAGCAAUGUGGUGAUGCUGCUCCAGCACGCACUGGAUUACCGCCUAAUCAUGGCAAUGUGCCACGUGGUCCUCCCGUGCCUUACAUGUUUAAUGGGUUCAAUGCGCCUCGCAUGCCUCCAUAUGGUACUCAAUUCCCAAACUUUGCUCCGGCUCCGGCACCAGCUCCAGCCAAUCACAUGGCUCCACAUCAGCUGCUGUAUGAGUACCAGUACCCCAGGCAUCCAAUCCAAGCUAUGAACUUCAAUACGGCCUACCCCGCCAGUAGCUACGGUGCAUCCCAGUAUGCUGCACCACCACCUCACGCACAUUCUUACUCUUAUGUGUCUCAAAGUGUGGCAGCUGAGACCGAGCCCCGGUCCUAUCAUUCGGACUCAUAUCCGCAGUACCACCCGUCUCAGCCGGUAUAUAAUCCGCCGCAGCAGUCCGAUUCCUUCGUGCUGUUCAGCGACGAGAAUCCGAACGGGUGCACCAUUAUGUGAAGCAUCGUGGCCAGUGGCAGCAUUGGAGAGUUCGGAGUUGGAAGGUGAAGGCCGCAUAAGGGCUUAUAUUACUUGUAUAAGUGCUUUCGGGGAACUUAUACUACUUGUAUAAGUGCUUUUGGGGAAUGACUUGGAGCUUUGUUAUUUGUUAUGUCAUCUGGCAAUGUGAAGGCUAAUUAAUCCUAGCUUAGUGGGGAAGAAUAAAUGGGGUUUUAUGGUGUUCUAUGUUAAUUUUCUAUUAGGGUUUCCGUAGUAGUUGGUCGUUAUGUCUAGCUCUAGGCUAAUUAUCUUUAAGUUUUUGCUCUUUUAAUCAGUUUUAAAAGAGUAGUUAACUAUGUAAUGAUCGGAUUAAUUAAUUAUUUAAGUAGGGUCUCUAAUUAUGUCUCAA